AUGGAUGAAAAAUAUAGAAAGCAGACAAUGAGGAUCGAGGAGAAGUUGAAAGUGGACAUAACAAUAACUCUCGUGAAUGCCAAAAUUAAGAAACAAACAACCGAAGUGCAUGCCUUCGCCAAAUGGCGUGAAAAUGUGAUUAGGUUGUGGCAAAUGAAGAAAAUUGGGUCGUCAACAGAUGUCGCCAUAUGCUCCUGGAAUAGUAUAGGUGCAAUGAGGCAUAACUGCCACCAAGACGACGGAUCCCAAGGCCCUGCUGACAAGAAAAGCUUCAGAUGCAUAAUGCCUAAAAGAAAAGGCACUUGA